CUCCGUACUCAAGCUAUGACUCAAGCAUGUCAUGCUCCAACCACGGUCCGACGGUUAAGUUUCCCCGUGCUAGUAGUGGACUCGGAUCAGAUUUACGCCACUGCGAGUUGGAGAAAGCGUUUGAUCUUUGAUCUCUCAGCUGACACCAUCGCUCGGUCAGGGCCAACAGAUCCUCCUUGUCUUUCAUCGAGGACUGGCAUUUCCAUGCCAGAACGUGACGACACAUCAGCCAGGGAGAGCAGUUGCAGGCCAGUUUGACAGCAGCUCGGGCGAUAAAGCAAAGGGCCACUUCUGUUGAUGGAACUGUUCGGCGUAUAUAGUUCCAAGUGCUCGUGGUGAUUCUUGGUACUUUUGAAUUAUGGCUUGCUAUGACUUGACGGUAAUCCCAGUUCAACACUGACGGCUGGUGUACUGACGCGAACACAAUCCCCUACGUUGUGAAGAUUGAGCAAAAAUCAGGAAAAUAAACUGAAGUUUGAUUCCCACUGGGGAUGUCUUAGCAAGUCACGCGGACGAAAUGACCGAGGUUUUGAGUGAACGGGUUACGUUGAACCUGGCAUCUUUGAGCGACACCGACAUUGGACACGAGAAAGCACUGCAGUGUCCUACAGAGCUGUCCAUGCAACCGAUUGCUGGUGGAAAAGACGGGCACGACAGUAGAGACAAGAACCAACAGUCAACAGACGCUAACGCCAAUUUGACAACGAACAGCGGCGCUCAGGAUGGCUCAGCUCAGAACAGCGGCGUGACUGCGGUGGAUGAAUCUGAUGCGAUCCCGGUGGAUGGCACGCUUCUUGAUAAGGAAUACGAGAGCACUUUAGAAGAAGGAUGUUACCACAACCCAGCUUUCGAACCAGAUGGUGGACUGGUCAAGUUCAGCCAGCCACUGUCCAAAGAGCAAGGAUACCUGAGCCAACCCAGCAGCACCAGCUGCCCAGUGUGUUCUCGGAUGACUGUCAUAGCUGCCAUAGUCAUCGCAUUCUGUGUGGUGAUUGCUGUCAUCUUUUUUAUGGUUGGCCAUUUUUCUGCAUUGGGCUGGUCAUCAAGUGGGUUGCCACAGUCUGUUUCUACAUCGUCCUCUCAUCUGACAACAGUAUCCCAGCCGCGGGUACUCGUUGAAGUGGCGGCAUCAUUAACAUUACAGCAAGAUUACCUAAUGGUGUAUGGUGACCCAACGUCUGUGGAGUACAAUACACUUGCACGCAAGUUUGCCUUCUACGUGUCCAAGAUAUUUGGGAACAGUCAUUUACAAGAGAGUUUUGAGAAGGUUGAAGUUGAAAGAUUUAGGCCAGGCAGUGUCUUAGUUGAUUUUGUCAUCAGGCUUGAUUGGAAGCCAUCACCAGGCCAAGAAACAACGAACGAGUCCUACCUUCAGGCAAUCAUCAAGACAGAGGUAGAAUACGCUCUCAAUCAAGGAAUCUCAAGAGACCAAGGACAGGAAUUUGAAGUAGAACCAGGAUCAAUCACAGUGCCUACUGUCAAUCUUUUGAAGGAUGGAGACACUGUUACUUUGAUGCCGACACCAGUCGUUACAAGUUUCGGAGUCACAACAGAAAGAACAGGAGUGCUGAACACUGAAGACUGUGGCUUGCGACCUGGCUAUGAUAACCAACCGUUGUCACGUGUGGUGGGAGGCCAAAGGUCAGACUGGGGCAAGUGGCCGUGGCUGGUGUCCCUCCGCAUCAGGAGGGACAGCACCAGUGAAAAGAAGCGACAUAACUGCGCUGCUACUCUCAUCUCGGACCAGUGGGCAACAACUGCUGCUCAUUGUGUGUCUAUGCCAAACACCUUUGCCGUGAAGCUUGACAGCAUCGUGGCAGGUGAUCUCCAACUGGAGGUGACCUCCCCACAUCACCAACUCAUCCCCGUGGAGAGGAUCCUCCCCUACCCCGGCUACAACUCCCUCAACUACCUGCACGAUUUGGCACUGCUCAAGCUGGUACGGCCAGUGGAGGUGACGGACUACGUGCGCCCUGUCUGUGUGGGGAAUGAGCCGUUGGAGGACUACGACAAUUGCUACAUUGCCGGAUGGGGUUUCACACAAUACUCCGGGAAUAUUUCGAAUACACAACUGGAUGCCGAGAUGAGGCUUAUAGAUCUGGCCAACUGCACCCAGGACUACGAGAAGUACAAGAUGUUUGGAUUCACUCCUACAGACGCAGCUGUUUGCUAUGUGUCAUCCAGGGACUUCUCUAGCCCAUGUAAUGGUGACAGUGGAGGGCCGUUGAUGUGUCAGAAGGGGGAUAAUCGAUGGUAUAUGGUUGGUAUUAUCAGCGUAGGGAUAGCCUGUAACACAACAUGGCAACCAUCCAUAGCAACCAGGGUAUCUGCCUAUUUAGAUUUCAUCUCUGCUUCUGUGAAUGGUGAUUAUCGUUACGGUCAAUGCGAGGACAUCCAGUCUGAAAUCUGUUCGAGGGUGCUUCCCUACCAGAGGAUCUUCUCCACUGAUCAGAGUCACUUUGAUCCUGUCAUUGAGCUCAUGUUGGCCAUCCUCAAUCAGUCUUGUAGUGAGCACAUUGAUUUGCUGCUGUGUUCCUUGCUGUACAAGGGCUGUGGGGAGGGUUACCGUUCCCUGGUACCCUGCAGGGCAUUUUGCAGGACUGUGGUAGAGGAAUGCCGUGAGUACCAGUGGACUGAUGAUUUGUUGUUGAGUGACGUCAUUAAAUGCAACAUGUUCCCCGAGGCUUGGAACCCAAACCAGAGAAUAUGCUAUGAAGACGAGGAUGCACGAUGUGGCAACCAGUCUACCAUUAUGCUGGCUUCAUUUGGUCACGAGCGUCUUCAGUCUCACAACUUCAUUGGUCCCUAUGGAGAACACUUGGACUGUGUCUAUGUCAUCACUGCACCUCCUGGACAUCAAGUUGUUGCCAAGACCCGGAAGAUGGACCUUCACCGGAGUGAUAUCUUGGCCUUUGGGGAGGGCCCAGAUGCCUAUGACAAGACCACGCUGCUUCAGAGAUUCGAAGGGGAGGCGGAACCUCCUGUCAUUGUAUCAGAGGGGGAAGUUAUGUGGAUUAGGUUCACAUCAGGAGUUUUCAUGGCGGAAGAUGUGGAGGGAUAUGAUCUGGAAAUCCAUGCCAUUAGCCAUGAGAAUGCAUCAGCUCUUUGCAGCACUGACUCGGCAAAUGAACUGUUCUCAAUUCCUGAUUGGUGGAAAUGUGAUGACAUCAUGGACUGCCCCACAGGACUAGAUGAGACUAACUGUAGCCGGAAACUGCCAGAUGAUUUGAACACUGCCCUCUGUGGUGUGCGUCCAGCCAUCCCUCGUGAAGAUAGCCUGGCAUUUCGGAUAGUCAACGGCACCAAAGUAGAGAUGGGCGGAUGGCCUUGGAUGGCAUACUUGCGACUUGACAACGUCACCAACGGUCACAUAGUGUGUGGAGCGUCAUUGAUCGCUGACCGUUGGCUGACCACUGCUGCGCAUUGUGUCUCAUCCCCAAAUGCCUUUGGAAUGCUGAUCAGUAACAUUGUAAUAGGGGAUAUUCACCUGAUGGAGGAGUCACGAUACCAUCAGACAGUUCCUGUUGAGCGUAUCUACACCCAUCCAGGCUAUAAUCCUAAAAUCCUGACCAACGACAUUGCGCUCUUGAAGCUUGCCCGACCAGUGGAGAUGAAUAAUUAUGUGCGACCAGUUUGUCUGGAUCUUCCGACAGAGGAUGACGUAACCGAGAAGUACACAAAAUGCUUUGCGGCAGGCUGGGGAUUCACUCAGUACAAAGGCAACCGUUCGAAUGAUCUUCUAGAAGCAGAUAUGUCAUUGGUUGAGCUUGAGGACUGCACAGACUUGUAUGCAGGCUAUCAGAUGUGGGGACUCACCAUUACAGACCGUGUCACUUGUGUUAAACCUGCAGGCACCAAUGUCUCCGCUACAGCCUGUAAUGGGGACAGCGGGGGACCAGUAAUGUGCCUGAGCACCGACGGAAGAUGGAAUAUGGUGGGCAUAAUCAGUCUAGGCAUACGCUGCUCCGCUCAUCCUGUCGUAGUGACCCGUGUUGCAGCCUUUGUCAGCUACAUAGCUAAUGUCAUGAAAGGAGAUCCCAAUCCAGUGAAGUGUGAGAAAGUCCAGUCUGAGAUGUGUUCGGGACAGCUACCAUAUGAUCGCACCUUCCCCACUAGUCAAGAGUCCUUUGACCCCGUCGUAGCUGCUAUCCUGGAGAACGUGACUUGCCCCUCUGUCAACCUGACUCUUUUUGCUUGCUCACUGCUCUUUGAGGGUUGUACGGAGGACGGACGAGCCCAGGUCCUCUGUCGUGAGUACUGCGAGCAGGUGGUAGACGAGUGUACCUGGGCGUUUCUCAAGGCAACUGGUCGCUUUUUUGGUAUAAUUGCGAAGUGUUUCACCUCACCAGAAGCUGGUAGGCAAGACCAGAUGAUCUGCUACAAAGAUGAAGAUGCUCGUUGCGGUAACCAGACUGACAUCCUCUUGCCUCAAGAGGGCAGUGUAAGUCUUCAAUCACACAACUACCCAGACCACUAUGGCAUGUUCUUAGAUUGCACCGUGCUCAUUACUGCUCCAACUGGCUACCGUGUCCUCGUCAAGGUGCGUGACUUUGACGUGGAAAAGUGCUGUGAGACACUGGCAUUUGGUGCCGGCCGUGACGCCCACGACAAGAGGACAACACUGGCUAAGUUCCAUAGCCAAGAAGAUGUGCGAUUGGUUUUAUCUCCCACCACCUCACUCUGGGUUCGGUUCACCUCCAGAGACAAUCCCAACGCAGAUGAAAAGGGCUAUUCUUUAGAGGUAUAUGCUGUCCUCGGCACUGACCAGUUUGUCUGGACACAGCUGCUGAAGAUUUUGACAAUUCCAGUCUGUGCUAUCGCUGGAUGGGGACUCACCAACUACACAGCAGCUGAUUUACCUAAUCAUCAGCAGGAAUCAGAGGUUCGCCUUGUUUCUCUACAGGACUGCAUUCAGUCUGUGCAAGGGGUUGGACUUUAUGGGAUUGUCACCAACAACAUAAUUUGUGCCAAGGGUCUAGACGGCCAGAGCCCUUGCAGUGGAGACAGUGGAGGUGCCCUGGUGUGUCGUAAUCAGCAUGGCGUCUGGCACGAAGUUGGAAUCAUCAGUGCCGUUUUUGGUUGCAGUUCCAAAAAAUACCCAGGAUUCUACACGCGUAUCUCCUCCUAUGUUGCUUUCAUAUCCUCAGUAAUUAGAGGAGAGUUUCAACCUAGCUGCGAGCCUCUGGAGCCAUCCAACCAAUGCACUGACUUGGUGCCUUAUGCAGACACGUACUCAACCAAUCAAUCAUAUUACGAUGACUUGAUUGACCACUUGUCAAGUUUGGAGAUGUGUCACAGUCAUGCCAACCAGUUCCUAUGCAUGAUGUUCAUGCCUGGAUGCAGUCGAGGGGAAGUACCCUGCAGAGCCUUCUGCCAGGAGUUUGUAGAUAAUUGUAGCAGUGUUUAUGAGGAUGCGACGGGCGCGUUCUUAGAGUGGUUCAUAUUGUGCGAGCACUAUCCAGUAGGUCGUCCUGGUGAAAUGACAUGUAGCAUUGGUUCUGAUGCCCGAUGUAAGUUGAGCCACAGUGACUUCAUAAUAAGGGUUCCUGCCAGCAGUCAUGUGACCUUGUACUCUCCACGUUACCCGCUUUACGAAGAGAAUCUUGAAUGUUUCUGGAUUGUUGUUGGACCUCCAGACUACCACAGACUUCUAAUCAAAUUUGUUGCACUGGACUACAAUUGGGAGGGAAAUAAUGCCCUAAUUGUGGGGUACGGAGACAACCCUGGCAACCUGAGCACUCAACUAGGUCGAUUCAGUGGUGCAGACAAGGCAGGCCCUGUGCUGAUCCAAUCUGAUACGGCAUGGAUCUGGUAUGGCACUGGCAGUGGAGAGCAGCGUCCAGCACCGGGAGAGACUUUGAAACUUCUUGGAGGGUUCCAACUAGAGAUCCAUGCUACAAACAUCACAGAUUUGAGCUUGCUGUGUACUGUUCCCGAAGGAGGACCCAGCAGAGCCUUGACAACGAUGCCAGCCUGGUGGCAUUGUGACGGGUUUCCUGAUUGCCCAGCAGGGGCAGAUGAACAUGACUGUUCAUUGCCCUGGUACAACCAAACCUAUAUCUUGAAUCAAGCGGGUUGUGGUCUGCAGGCUGCUAGCAACUCGUUCCGCAUCAUUGGUGGCUCAGAUGCUGAACCAGGCCAGUGGCCUUGGCUAGGAUCGCUACGAUAUCAUGGAAAUGACGGAAGCAAGAAUCAUGGAUGUGCAGUGUCACUUGUCGCACCGCAGUGGGUUGUGACAGCAGCUCACUGUGUGGAUACACCUUUCUACAUGAAUCACAGAAUUGAUGUCGUAUUUGGAAAUCCCAAACUAAACGAGACAACCGUGCAUCAAGUAGAGGUUGCCGUGGAAACUGUUUUCCCGCAUCCAGGCUUCCAACCUCACUUGCUAGCAGAGCAUGACAUUGCUGUCUUGAAGCUAGCAGAGCCAGUUGCCUACACAAAUCAUGUCAGACCAGUUUGUCUGGACACAGCUGCUGAAGAUUUUGACAAUUCUAGUCUGUGCUAUGUUGCUGGAUGGGGACUCACUAACUACACAGCAGCUGUGUCAACUAACCGUCAGCAAGAACUGGAGAUUCGCCUUGUUUCUCGACAAGACUGUAUUCGGUCUCUGCAGCAGAUUGACUUUUAUUCCCUUGUCACGGACAACAUGAUUUGUGCCGAGGGUCUUGAUGGACAGAGCCCUUGCCGUGGAGAUAGUGGAGGUGCUUUGGUGUGUCGUAAUCAGUAUGGUGUCUGGUUCGAAGUUGGAAUUAUCAGUCUUUCCUUCGCUUGCAGUUCGGAAAGAUAUCCAGGAGUGUAUGCUCGUAUCUCCUCGUACAUUGAUUUCAUAUCUUCAGUAAUAAGUGAAGAGUUUCCACCUAGCUGUGAGCCUCUAGAGCCAUCCAACCAAUGCACUAACCUGGUGCCCUAUUUGGACACAUAUCCAACCGAUCAAUUACUUUACGAUGACUUCAUCGAUCUGUUGCCAAGUUUUGAGAUGUGUCACAGUCACGCCAACCAGUUCCUGUGCAUGCUAUUCAUGCCUGGAUGCAGUCGAUGGGAAGUACCCUGCAGAGCCUUCUGCCAGGAGUUUGUAGAUAAUUGUAGCAGUGUUUAUCUGGAUGCGAAGGGCAUGUACUUAAAGUGGUUUAUGUCAUGUGAGAACUAUCCAGUAGGUCGUCCGGGUCAAAUGACUUGUAUCAAAGGCGCCGAUGCCAGGUGUGAAUUGAGCCACAGUGGUACCCUCAUCGAUGUUCCUGCCAGCAGUCAUGUGACCUUGUACUCUCCACGUUACCCACUAUAUGAAGAGACACUGCAGUGUUUCUGGAUCGUUGUUGGACCUCCAGACUACCACAGACUUCUAAUCAAAUUUGUAGCCAUGGACUACGAUUGGGAGGGCAAUAAUGCCCUAAUUGUGGGCUUUGGAGACAACCCUAGCAAGCUGAGUACUCAACUAGGCCGAUUCAGUGGUGCAGACAAGGCAGGCCCUGUGCUGAUCCAAUCUGAUACGGCAUGGAUCUGGUAUGGCACUGGCAGUGGAGAGCAGCGUCCAGCACUGGGAGAGACUUUGAAACCUCUUGGAGGGUUUCAACUAGAGAUCCAUGCUACAAACAUCGCAGAUUUGAACUCACUGUGUACUGUUCCUGAUGGAGGACCCAACACAGACCUGAGAACGAUGCCAGCCUGGUGGCAUUGUGACGGGUUUCCUGAUUGCCCAGGAGGGGCAGAUGAACAUAACUGUUCAUUGCUCUGGUACAACCAAACCUAUGUUUUGAACCAAGCGGGUUGCGGUCUCCAGGCUUCAAGACAGCCAUUCCGCAUCGUCGGUGGCUCAGAUGCUGAACCAGGCCAGUGGCCUUGGCUAGGAUCGCUACGAUAUCAUGGAAAUGACGGCAGCAAAAAGCACAGAUGUGCAGCGUCACUUAUUGCACCGCAGUGGGUUGUGACAGCUGCACACUGUGUGGUUACACCAGCCUACAUGAAUCAAAGACUCGAUGUCGUGUUUGGGGAUCCCAGACUGAAUGAGAUGACAGUGCAUCAAGUAGAGGUUGCCGUGGAGACUGUUUUCCCGCACCCGGGCUUCCGUCGUCACUUUCUGCCAGAGCACGACAUUGCUGUCUUGAAGCUAGCAGAGCCAGUUGCCUACACAAAUCAUGUCAGACCAGUUUGUCUCGACACAGCUGCUGAAGAUUUUGACAAUUCUAGUCUGUGCUAUGUUGCUGGAUGGGGACUCACCAACUACACAGCAGCUGAGUUGGCUAACCAUCAGCAGGAAUCGGAGAUUCACCUUCUUCCUCAACAAGACUGCAUUUGGCUUUUGGGAGGAUUUAAAGACACUGACAUUCCCAUCAACAACAUCAUGUGUGCUGAAGGUCAAGAUGGACAGAGCCCUUGCCGUGGCGAUAGCGGAGGUGCCUUAGUGUGCCGUAAUCGUCAUGGUAUCUGGCACGAAGUUGGAAUCAUCAGUAUUGGUUUUGGCUGCAGCUCUGCAAUAUAUCCAGGAUUCUUCACACGUAUCUCCUCCUAUAUUGAUUUCAUAUCCUCAACAAUUAAUGGAGAGUUUCAACCUAGCUGCGAGCCUCUGGAGCCAUCCAACCAGUGCACUGACUUGGUGCCUUAUGCAGACACGUACUCAACCAAUCAAUCAUUUUUCGAUGACUUGAUUGACCACUUGCUGAGUUUUGAGAUGUGUCACAGUCAUGCCAACCAGUUCCUAUGCAUGAUGUUCAUGCCAGGGUGCAGUCUGAGGGAAGUACCCUGCAGAGCCUUCUGCCAGGAGUUUGUAGAUAAUUGUAGCAGUGUCUAUCUGGAUGCGACGGGCAUGUUCUUAGAGUGGUUUAUACCAUGUGAACACUAUCCAGUAGGUCGUCCUGGUCAAAUGACUUGUGCCAACGGCAUCGAUGCCAGGUGUGAGUUGAGCCACAGUGGUACCCUCAUCGAUGUUCCUGCCAGCAGUCAUGCGACCUUGUACUCUCCACGUUACCCACUAUAUGAAGAGACACUGCAGUGUUUCUGGAUCUUUGUUGGACCUCCAGACUACCACAGACUUCUAAUCAAAUUUGUAGCAAUGGACUACGAUUGGAAGGGAAAUAAUGCUCUAAUUGUGGGGUACGGAGACAACCCUGGCAACCUGAGCACUCAACUAGGUCGAUUCAGUGGUGCAGACAAGGCAGGCCCUGUUGAUCCAAUCUGAUAC